UGAUUUAAUAAUGGUAGGAUCAAUUCUAUCCUUACAACACAUAGGAAGACAAUCUAAAUGACCUAUAUAACUGAAGUCAAUAUAUAAUGCGAAUAAUAAUUGGUGGGGAUAAUUUGAGCAUCCUGAAAAGUUGGUAGUCUUAUGUCCCUAUCGUCCUUAUGCAAACCUAUGCCCUUGGGCGUACAUUUUUCACAGAAUAAUGUGAAAUCUAGGGUUUUCAACAGUAAAUUGCAGUUGUUAUUUUACCGUUCGCCAAUAGAGGUAAGCAACGAGCGCUAUGUGACAGAAAACGUGUGGAACAGUGGCGAAGAAGAAGGUCGUGAACAAGGAAGUCAAUAAAUCUACAGGAAGCUGUCGUUGGCUGGCUUUGUUUUGUUUGGUUUUAGCUUUCAUUUUUCCCCUAUUGAAUUUUCCAAAAACUUUGCUAAGACGUUAAUUGGCUUAACUAAAAAACCCGUGCAUGUUUUUGUAUAUCGAAUUACUUUGAUUUUACUAAAUCGUCGACCAAAUUUAACGUUAGCUUUUGGGCUAGCUGUAUGAGCUAAUUUUAGGCCUGAAGACAAUUUGUUCCUUGUUUGUCAGCGAUCCUUUUAUCUCCUGAAACGGAAAUAUUUUUGACACGAUUUGACGCCGCUUUUAUCAAAACAUUGUUGUUUAUAUGAUACUCAUUUAGUCACGCUAAUUUAAGACUAGGGAGAAAACCUCGCGAUUAGAAACUACCGGAUGAGUAUGUAUGCCCCGCCGGGUACGAGCGUUCCCGGAGGCCGGAGAAGGAGAGGAGGCACCCCGUUGCCCAAGCAGCCAGAGCGGAGUCUUGUCUCGGCGUUGCCCGGGGCCCUUUCCAUAACCGCCCUAUGCACGGCUUUGGCUGAACCGGCUUGGCUCCGUGUUCACGGGGGCAAAUGCCCCAGACAAGAGUUGGGGGUGGCGGACGUCCUAGGCUACAUUGAUCCCAAGCUCCUGCACGAUUUCUGCGUGAACUCGCAGACUAUAUUGCUGCUGCGAGUUAUCGCAGCCUUCUGUUUUUUGGGCAUCUUUUGCAGCCUGACCGCAUUCCUCUUGGAUGUGUUUGGACCCAAAUACCCUGCCCUUAAGAUUACACGGAGAUAUGCUUUUGCACAUAUCCUCACAGUUCUCCAGUGCGCCACAGUCAUUGGCUUCUGCUACUGGGCUUCGGAGCUGAUUUUGUCGCUACAGCAACAGCACAAAAAGUACCACGGCUCCAUGGUGUACGUCACUUUCGCCAUUAGCUUCUACCUAGUGGCGGGGGCCGGCGGGGCUUCCAUCCUGGCCACGGCCGCCAACCUCCUGCGUCACUACCCCACCGAAGAGGAGGAACAGGCUUUAGAACUGCUCUCCGAGAUGGAGGACAGCAGCGAGACCUUCCCAGCUGACUACGACAUAGCCAACCAGUUCCAGCCCCCGCCCGCGUACACGCCUUGAUGGUUACCAACGUGCUCGCAGUCAGAUUUGCAAAUACUCUUGAAAAGUUGAAAGCGACGUGUGCAGCGAUGGCGCACGCUUCAUGAAUGACAAGCGCUUUGGUGCAUGAGAGCUACGAAAUGGUUCUUACUUUCCCAGAUGAUGUUGAUUUGCAUGUAAAUGGCUUGUAGGACUUGCUUCUUCAUCUAAAGCAGCGUGCUCGACAUGGCAGAUGAAGUAACGGACCGAGCAGCCCUAUCAAUGCUGAUUAUUCUUGUCGAAUCCGGCUCUCGAUUGCGGAGCGAUUGGCUCCCGGUGGAGUUUUGUGCAUUGUUUUGGUUAAUGUGUUGACAAAAUGUGUGUGCUUGAGUUGCUGAAGCAGCAAAAGUACAACUAAACACUUGAGGCAUUUUUGACAUUUCUUUUAUACAAAAUAACAAACAGCCCUUAUUUAUUGGUUAGAUGUCUGUGAUCACAUUUUGUGCUUGAGUUGACAGUUGGAGAGAACAUAUUUUUCUAUUAGGUUUGGAAGAAAACAAGCUGACCGUUACAGAUGGAGGUUAAGAAAAACGUUUUGCUCGAAAAGAUUUACAUUCAACAGAAACCUCAAUGCGUUAGUAGGCAUUGCCAUGCUCUUUGUAUGCCAUUUCUUUCAAUCCAAUUUAAUUUGUACUGUGUAAUCCAGUAGAUUAUUUUGUCCAUGUGAUAUUUUUUUUGUGCUGAUUUUAAAACCUUCUCAUGGGACCUGUGCAAGAAGGAUUCAAAUUGUGAUUUCUUUGUGGUGAUUCUAGUUGCUCGUGUGCUUUUCUGUGUCACGCGUUCCUGCUUUUAUUCAUUGAUUUCAAUCUACUGUACAUGUGCAUCACUGUAAAUACUGUUCAUACAUUAAAAAAGUCAAAGUUACAAUAACUACA